UGCAUGGGUGUAGCAUGUCCAACAACGCCUACGCGGCGCCACUUGACCCGCAACUUGAAGCCGAACGUCUGCUUUUGGAGGCAACAGAAAGCAAAGGGUCGUCGUUGCCAGACAAGCAAGAAGGCACACUGGAAUCGGAUGCUGCACUCUUACGCACAGAGCCCGAGUAUCUUCGCGGCGGAAAGCUCGCUGUUGUCUUCGGCUCUUUGCUGCUCUCAGUUCUACUUGUGAACCUCGACCAGACUAUUGUAGCGACUGCAUUGCCGCGCAUCGUCUCCGUAUUCAACGCGCUCGAUCUUGCCACGUGGGUCGCCGCAGCUUAUUUCUUGACCCAAGCAGGGCUCAUGCUCUGCGUCGGGCAACUGGUCGACACGAUACCCAUCAAGACCGUCUACGUCAUUUCCAUCGUUGUCUUCGAGCUCGGGUCUGUGUUAUGUGGGGCGGCUCCGUCGAUGCGGGUGCUGAUCUUCGGCCGGGCAGUGGCUGGAUGUGGCGCUGCUGGCAUCACCAUCUGCUCCGUUGCGACUAUUGCGACUGUGCGUAACCUGGCCGGACGCUCAAACUUAGACUUCGGAACGACUGAUGACUGA